AUAAGGUUAAAAAGCAGAAAAUUUUUUACAACCAUUCGAUGGAACUUACAUGCUCCAAAUGAGCCAGGUUUACGUCCACUGGUGGAAAACAUUUGUCAAAUGUUGGCUUUCAACAGUAGCUGUUCAUCUUCUUCACUACAAUUAUUUCAGCGAUGAAAGAAACUUGUAUUCUCUUGAGGAAUCAAACAGAAUUUCCCAAAAUGUCGAACAAUUCAAAGAAUACUGGUGUCGAAUUCGCCGAGCACGGGUCGACUUGGACUCAAUUCUUAAACCAUGUUUUUACAAUAUUUCAUGGAAUGGACCUUCUCCUGAACGCGCGCUCCAAACGGAUGCCGGCAAAAGUGCGAUUUCGUUCUUUGACAUUAGACCAGCAGGUCAGUUCAGUCGUUUCAGCAUUCAAACAAAAACUCGGAAUGGUAAACUGAAGCACAUUGGCGGCGACUCUUGGCGUGUGUUACUGCGCGGUCCGGCCACUGUGUCACCUACUACGUUUGAUCACGGAAAUGGCACCUACGAGUUUUUGUUUCUUGUUAUGGACCCUGGGGCCUAUAAGUUGGAUAUCACUCUGGACUAUAGCCUGUGUGACGGAUUCCGCGAUCCGCCAAAAAAUUGGUUCAUCGUAGGAAAUUCCCAAGGUAAGAUGCAAAAAGAUGGGACACUCGGUGCAAACCGUGCGAAGGACGACUACCUUCUUCAAUCAUUCCAGAAUGGGAAGCUUAUUAUGAUUAACAUUCCGCUGCCAGACGAUAGAGGAGCAUUUCUAAUGAACCAGUUACCAGACCGCCCCUGCCUCUCUGCCAAGUUUAACUUGUCUUGUGGCAUGGAUUGUAAAUUUACGUGGGAUGGAUUCGGCCGUUGGCUUGGAAAAAAUUGGAAGCCAUAUCUUACAGAAGUACCUGGGCACACUAAGCCGAUGAAAUUGGGUAUCACGGCUCCUAAGCUGGAAAAGUUGUGGAUUUAUGGAGACUCACAGGCCGAAAGACUGCACUUAUCGAUAAAGGAUGGACCUCUUUGUACGGAGAUCUUUAAAUCUUGUAAUCUAAGUAAAAUGUGGGUUUACCCUUACAGCGGUAAGUUUCCAAAAUGGGAUGAUCAAGACUUCGAUAAGUCCAUUAUUCUCGAUAGUCUCAGGGUUGUGUUGGAAAGACCCGAUAUGAGCGAAAACAGUGUGUUGAUUUUGAAUCUUGGACUGCAUUACAUGGAGAGCAUCAGACUACAAGAUUAUAGAAUACUUCUUUUGAAGGUGAUUGAUCUAUUGAACGAAAGAAACAAAGGUACAGGCGAACUGAAGCAUAAGGCUCGUGUAGUAUGGAAAACGUCCACUUCUAUAAGCAAGGAGAAGGACACUGGAAGUCAACUGACAAGUGAUCGAGGAAGAUUUCUUGCUCUACCGCGUGUGGCACUCUAUAAUUCUCUUGCAACCUCCCUCAUGUGCCAGGCUGGCUUGGAGGUGCUUGAUGUUUACCCUUUUACCAGGUCUUUUCCGGAAGGCACCGGAGGACCCGAGGUAGCACGGCACAAGGAGCGUGAUAUUGUGCAUUUCAAGUUCCAUGUGAUGAAACCUAUCGAACACUUUUUGGAAGAAUACUUCUUGGGAAAAAUAGCCAGUCCCAUCAAUUUUGUGAAUUACAUGUUUUCAUAA